AUGAGACGGCUGUCAACCCUGCCCAGAGGGACAAAGCGCCUGUACGGCAUAUGCCUGCAUCUCGCCGUCGGCGCCUCGAUAUGGGGCUACAACAUUGGCAUCCUCUCCUCGGUGCUCGUCCACCCGGGCUGGCGAGAGGCCCUUGACGAUCCGACGCCGGCGCAAAUUGGCCUCGUAACGGGCGUUUAUUACCUGGGCACGCUGUUAUCCUUCACGUUGCUAUCACACCCGCUGGCGGAUUACCUGGGCAGACGGCGUGCGGCCGUUAUUGGGACUUGCGCCUUAUGCCUCGGCGCGAUGUGCAUGGCGGCUGCCAACGGCAGUGCGGCCGUGGGGAUCAUGGCUCUCGGGAGAUGGAUUUGCGGCGUGGGCGUCGGGGUCGUGAGCACCGCGGUGCCGCUGUAUCAGAGCGAGGUGUCGCCCGCCAAGGAGAGAGGCAGGCUCAACCAAAACAGACCACGGUGGCUCCUUGAAAAGGGCGACGGGGACACCGCCUCCCAAGUCCUCCACUACCUGCGCGAGGAGGCCAUGCCCGCCGAGGCCAUCACGCACGAACUGCACGCCAUCAGCGCCGACGUCGAAUCCCGGCGCAAGGCUGGCACGACGUUCGUCUCGCUGUCCCUCUCGCUCUUCCGCGACGCCAGUCUGUUCGCCCGGCUGUGGCGCGCGUUCCUCCUGCAGUUCAUGGCGCAAAUGUGCGGCGCUACAGCCAUCAAGUACUACCUGCCCACGCUGCUCAAGGCCCUCGGCCUGGAGUACAGGCUGGCGCUGAUGGCGGGCGCCGCGGAAAUGACCGUCAAGAUUGCCAUGACGAUUGUGGAGAUGUGGGCGAUUGACAGGUUUGGGAGGAGGGCCUGCAUGACGGGCGGGAGCUUGAUCAUGGGCGUUGCCAUGCUGGUAAAUGGUCUUUUGCCCAUAAUGUACCCCGGGAAUGAGAACAAGGUGGCAGACAUCAUCUGCAUCGCAUUCAUAUUCAUAUACGCCAUGGGGUAUAGUCUUGGCCUUGGCCCUGCCGCGUGGGUAUACAGCACUGAGAUCUUCCCGACUUCAGUACGAGCUAGGGGCCUUAAUUUUGCUGCAUCAGGUGGUUCCAUUGGCAGCAUACUCGUUUCUCAGAUCUGGCCUGUUGGAAAUGCCAAGUUUGGCAGCGGGAUAUACUUUUUCUUCAUGGUGGUCAACUUUAUAUGCGUACCGGUUAUUUGGCUUCUAUAUCCAGAAACAAAAGGUAGAGAAUUGGAAGAUAUGGACAGUCUGUUUGGAAAGUCCGAGGAAAGAAACGCAACUCUCUCUCUAGGCGGAGUAGCUGAAGACGUAGGCGAAGAUGGAGGAGACAUGCUGUCCACGACAGCAACCCACGAAGAGGAUGAACCACUGCUGCCAUGA